AUGGCUCGUGAUGCUUCCGACAAUUUCUUAAGACAACAAUAUUUGCGAUCACUUCGCUUCACUGGCUCCGAGAGAACCCUAAGCCCGGUCCAGGGAUUGAGCAACGAACUGAAGAGACUCAAGGAAAUAGUCAGGGUGGUCAAGGAGGACCUGGAUGGGGAGGGCCUGGAUGGGAAGGGCCUGGAGGAGAGCAUGGCGGUGGGGAACCUGGAGGAGGGCAUGGUGGUGGGGGACCUGGAGGAGGGCAUGGUGGUGGGGGACCUGGAUGGGGAGGUGGAUGGUAAGGAAAAUUAA